AUGCGCCUGUCCGACACUGCUUUAAGUGAUACGGAGCGGUACGCGGUUUGGUGUGAACAAAUACGGGCCCUUUUCGGUGUCAGCGGUCGCGAGGAGGAGGGCAGAGAGGUGCUGGAGGAUGAGGAUCGGCUAUUCGCUGGCGGCGUCAGAAGUGGGAUCAGCGAUACGGGCGCGAAUAAACAUCCAAAGCGAGGAACGAGGGAUGCUGAUGGUGGAGAGUUCCCGUACUGCUUCUACAUGCGCAUGCUCAGCAGCGGGAAGGGGGAGAGAGCCCCAAAAGAAGUGAAUGCUGAAGCCCAGCGCUACUGUGGCGACACUCUUGGUUGUGGUUCUGAUAGUGAUGGCGUCUCCUUUUUCUCUCGGCAACAACGGCGAGAGGUGUUUGUGGACGAGGAUACGUUAGCCGCCCGAAUUGCUUCAAAUCUAAACACUUAUGCACGUCGACUUCGAAGGGAACAUUACGAGGAUGUCCCUGAAGUACCGGUGGUCGAAGUCAAUCAGUGGACCUUCCGUGAUGGCAGGGUGGAAGCCUUAUCAGCCAAGGUGAAUGAAGAGCUUCACGAACUGCUCAUGUACGUUCGGCGCCGAAAUUUGUUGGCGGAGCAGUUACGUCGUCAGUUAGUGCACACCAAGCAACUUCUCCUUUACCAAAAAGAGGCGACGUCAUGA